UUCUUCGUCUGUUACUUCUCCAGAGGACUUGAGGAGUAGAAUUAAGUCAUUUCACAUGCUAGGAAAGGAUGGUGUUUCCAAGAGUGAUUCUGCAGAAAAGAAACUUUCAUGGCUGCGUUCUCAGAUAAUUGGUGAAAAUAUCGAUUUUGAGACACCCUUUGGAAAACGUAGGCUUACUUAUGCUGAUCAUACUGCUUCUGGAAGAUGCCUUCACUAUAUUGAAAAUUAUAUCACUAAUAACGUCCUUCCUUUCUAUGGUAACAGUCAUACCAGUGACAGUUAUGUGGGAUACCAAACCACGAAAAUAGUGAACGAAGCAGCAGCCUACGUGAAGAAAUGCUUGGGGGGAGGAGAAGAAGAUGCUAUCAUAUUUUGUGGUUCUGGUUCAACUGCAGCCAUUAAAAGGCUCCAAGAAGUCAUGGGGAUAUCAGUCCCUUCAAUCCUAAGAGAAAAGGUACUCACAAAAUGCUUCGGAAAUGAAACAAAAGAAAGAUGGGUAGUAUUUGUUGGCCCCUAUGAGCAUCACUCUAACAUCCUUUCGUGGAGACAAAGUUUAGCAGAGGUUGUGGAGAUUGGUUUGGAUGAAAAUGGCCUUGUGGAUAUGGAAGCUUUGAGAGUUCAGCUUGAGUUCUACAAGUCUAUGAAUAGGCCAUUGUUGGGUUCAUUCUCAGCCUGUAGUAAUGUCACUGGAACUUACUCUGAUACGAGAGCCAUCGCUCGUCUUCUUCACAAAAAUGGAGCUUAUGCUUGCUUUGAUUUCGCCGCAAGUGCCCCUUAUGCAAAAAUAGACAUGAGAUCAGGUGAAAUAGAUGGGUAUGAUGCUGUUUUCCUUAGUCCCCACAAGUUUCUUGGAGGGCCAGGGACACCGGGAAUCCUUUUAAUGAACAAGGCACUCUAUCAGUUGAGAACUUCACCUCCAUCAACUUGUGGUGGUGGAACUGUUGAUUUUGUCAACCCCUUUUAUGAAAAGGAUACAAUCUAUGUGGAGAACAUUGAAGAAAGGGAAGAGGCUGGAACACCACCAAUCAUCCAGAAAGUGAGAACAGCUCUAGCAUUUUGGGUGAAAGAGUUCAUAAGUCACAAAGUAAUUGAAAGAAUGGAGCACAGCUACAUUCAACUUGCACUAGAAAGGCUUCUCCUGAACCCUAACAUACGGGUUUUGGGAAAUGUAACAGCCAAGAGACAAGCUGUGCUUUCUUUUCUCAUUUAUACCACAACUCACUCUUCAUCAAGUGAUAACAGUGGUGAAAACAACAAGCUUUACCUAUGGAGAGAGACGGGGAACAAGAAAGAUAAGCCUCUUCAUGGCAGUUUUGUCGCUAAACUGCUUAAUGACUUAUUUGGUAUCCAGGCUAGAGGAGGGUGUGCUUGUGCAGGACCCUAUGGACAUACCUUACUCAAGAUUGAUGAGCCUCAGUCACUUGCCUUAAAAGCUGCAAUCGAGUUGGGCUAUACUGGAGUGAAGCCAGGAUGGACAAGGGUCAGUUUUCCCUACUACAUGUCCAAGGAAGAAUUUGAGUUCAUAAUAGCAGCAAUAGAAUUCAUAGCCAUUUAUGGACAAAGGUACCUUCCAAUUUACCAUUUCAACUGGAAGAGUGGUGCUUGGACUUUCAAAAAAAAGGCUUUCGAGGAGGCACUCAUUGGGAAAGAUCAAAAUUGCCAUUUUUGUGGCUCGCCAAUGAAGGGAUUGAACCUAGAUUCCCACAACACGAAAGACAACAACCAUGGAGAAGGCAUCACAAAAGAAGGCCUAAUUUGCAGGUAUGUAAAGUACCUUGAGACAGCCAAGCGCAUUGCUGAACUCCUUCCCAAGUUCCCGCCUCAACGGUCGAUACCUGAAGAUAUAAACCCUAAUUUUGUACCAUUUAGAGUCUGAAGAUAGUAAAUCACAUCGCUGAACUUAUACUAUUGGAAAGAGAAUGCUUGUUCUCAUUCUCCAAUAUGAUCGUGCAGUUGUCUAAUCUUUGGUACGGUAAAUACAAGUGUUAUUAUAUCUAUCUAUAUUAUUAUAAAAGCAUGAAUACGACGAUGGAAGACCAAAAUAGCCCUAAAAUAUAACUAUACUAUUGGAUAUAAUAGUAAUAUUAUUAUUUUCCUUUUGUUUUGAAUUUAGUUUGAUUUAGGAGAAAGAGCGUGUUUAGGAAUUCUAUUCAAAUUGGUUUAUGAGUUCCAAUUAACUUUUCCAUCUUUUAGUUUAUAUAGCGUUUGAAUCGCCCAUUAUUAGGAGCAAUGUAGCUUCAAAGGGUAUAAAAUACCGACUUUAUGAGCGGACAAGGAGAGAAUUGAAUGUAGGAUUGAGAAUUUAACUAAAGUUAUAAUAAUGUCUAAUUUAUUUUCAAGAAGAUAAAAUACCUAGGAUAUUAGGACCGAGGAUUUAAAUUAAAGUUUUUUUAAUGGUUAAUUUUAAUUUUAAUGGAGAUAAAAUACCUAGCGUAUUAGCCGUGUUAUUUAUUUUUAAGGGAGAGAAUGUACGAGUAGUCAAUAAGCAACUUGUGCUGGUAUAGCAAUCAUAGAUAGAAGCAAAAUAUUGAGCGACAAAAAUAUAUCAAUUUUUGAAUAACAAUAUUCGGAUGAAGACGAAAAAUACCUAUUUGAUUGUACCACACCUGUUACUAUUAAAUGAAGAUUUUUUUUCCUUUGAAUAACAUUGUAAAUGCAAUCGAUUUGUAGAGUUCCAAGGAAAUCUUUUUGAAGUUGGGAUUCAAUUUUUUACUCCUACCGUCUCAAAUUAUCUAUUGUGUUUCUCUUUUACACACCUCUUAAGAAAUACUAAUUAGGAGGAAGGUUGGACUAUUUUAUCCUUCUUUAUGUUAUAAGAUAUAAUCUCUCUUCAUUGAAUAUUUAUUCUAUUUAUAUGUUAUCUCCAUUUUCAAGAACAAUUAUUAUUAAGGGUAAA